AUGCCCGUGGGUAAAAUAGAACCGUUCGAUUUACAUACCAAACAAUGGAAUGCAUACGUGCGACGUGUCAAACAAUUUUUAUUGUGUAACGAAAUUAAAGAAAAUCUGAAAGUCGCGAUAUUAAUUACGUUAGUCGGUGAACCCACCUACAAUCUCAUGUGUGAUUUGUGUGCACCGGCCAACCCAGAAGAUAAAACGUUCACGGAGCUCGAAAAAAUAGUGGCAGACCACCUCGAACCACAACGUUCAGUGAUAGCAGAGAGACAUGUGUUUAGGUUGAGACGGCAAUCAAUAGGUGAAUCGCUGUCCGGAUACUUGCAAAAAAUAAAACAUCUAGCGACGACCUGCAAUUUCGGGUCGAUGCUCGAAGAGAAUCUUCGAGAUCAGUUCGUGUCCGGUCUGAGCAGUGAUGACAUGCGAUCGCGUUUAUUUGCCGAAAAAGACAUAACAUACAAAAAGGCGGUGGAACUAGCUCUGGCAUUGGAGGCUGCUGAUAAACAUGCCGAGGCGAGCGCUACUCAUGGCGGUGCGGGCGGCCGGGACAGCGGCGCGGGCACCAGCGCGGGCGCAGGCGGCGUGUGGGCGCGCGGCGGCGGCGGCGGCGGCGGCGGCGCCGACACCGACAGGCCGACCGACGGCCUGCACGCGGUGCGCAGCGCGCGGCCCGCGGGGAGCGCGGCGGCGGCCACUUGUUGGCGGUGCGGUAAACCGCAUCGAGCAGAUAAGUGCCGUUUUAAAAAUUAUUCAUGUGAUAAGUGUCAGCGUAAAGGUCAUUUGAAAGUGAUGUGUAAGACGUCAGAGAAUAAAAGACACAAUUUCAUCGAGGAUGAAUCAGACAGUGAUUUAUAUAAUAUACGGGUGAUGUCUUCCGGAGACAAUCCUUAUUUUGUGGACUUAACAGACACGGAACCGGUGUACAUGCGGGCGCGACCGGUACCGCGCGCGUUACGCGCGGCUGUUGAGCGUGAGCUGAACCGACUGCAAAAGGAGAGUUCUAUAUAUUCCGUCGAACAUUCCGAUUAUGGAACACCUAUUGUACCAGUAAUUAAACAAUCAGGUGAAAUUCGUAUUUGUGGAGAUUACAAAACAACUAUAAAUCCUAAAUUAAAAAGAGAUCAUUAUCCCCUGCCUCGGAUAGAAGAAUUAUUUGCUGCCUUAAGCGAAGGAGAAGAAUAUUCGAAAAUAGAUCUCACCACUGCCUACAUGCAGGUCCCGCUGGAAGAGGACUCCCAAGCGGUGACUGCCAUAUCCACGCAUCUAGGUACAUUUGUAUUUCGACGUACACCUUAUGGUUUAAGUUGUGUACCUGAAAAAUUCCAAAAAAUCAUGGAGGAGACCCUACGCGGUCUUCCGAAUACAGUAGUGUUUUUAGACGUCAUCUGUGUCACAGGACCCGACAGGUACAGUCAUAUACAAAACCUGCGUGCUGUAAUCAAAAGAUUAGCUGAAAUGGGCCUCACUAUUAAAAUUAAUAAAUGUUCUUUUUUACAAACUAGUGUAUCGUACUUAGGUUUUGUAAUAGACAAAAAAGGGUUACAUCCAGAUUUAUCAAAAGUGGAAGCCAUAUUGAAAGCACCACAGCCAGAUGAUGUAACACAACUAAAACCUUUUUUAGGACUAAUUAAUUAUUACGGAAAAUUUAUUCCGAAUUUGAGCUCCUUCCUCCAUCCUUUGUACCAAUUAUUGAAAAAGAACUCACCAUGGAAUUGGAACAAAACAUGUGAGAAAACGUUUCAGGAGGUUAAACAAUUUCUGUCUAGUGACAAAGUUUUAAUUCAUUAUAAUGCGUCAUUGCCUUUGUUACUAACGGUAGAUAGUAGUAGCUAUGGACUAGGGGCAGUUUUAGCGCAUAGGUAUCCAGACGGUACCGAGCGACCGAUCAGCUGUGCUUCGCGAACACUUACGAACGCCGAAAAGAAUUAUAGUCAAUUAGAUAAGGAGGCAUUGGCUAUUUUGUACGGUGUGCAAAAGCACCAUCAAUUUUUAUACGGCCGAUCAUUUGUAUUAAAAACGGACCAUAAGCCAUUGACAUACAUUUUUGGUUCAAAAGGAGGUAUACCACAGACGGCGGCGAGCAGGCUGCAACGAUGGUCAAUUAAACUAGCAGCUUAUGAUUUUGAAGUAGAAUAUGUGAGCUCUAGGAAUAAUAGUAACGCAGACGCCUUAUCUAGGUUACCACUGCAAGGGGAAUUAGGUCUAAAGGUGUCAAAUAAAACCAAUACAAUAGGCAAAAAUAAUGAAUCACAUUAUUUAAAUUUAAUAAAUGAAACUUUGCCAGUUAAUUAUAAAGAUAUAGCUGUCGCAACUAAAUACGAUUCAUUGCUGUCAAAAAUAUAUGGUUACAUUAUGUAUGGUUGGACGAAUGUAACUUUAACGAAAUUUGAGAAACCUUUUUACAAUAGACGGACGGAACUAUAUGUGGAACAUGGGUGUAUAUUAUAUAAAUAUCGUGUCGUAAUUCCGAGUAAAUUACAACAACAAAUAUUAUCAGAGAUACAUGAAGGUCAUUUAGGGGUGAUCAAAAUGAAAUCAAUCGCCAGGAAUUAUGUUUAUUGGCCCGGGAUAGACCUCGAUAUUGAGAGGGUAGGACGUGAGUGCGAGGCGUGCCGGAAUGUCCGUGAUGCCCCACCGCGGUCCUCACUGCAUCCUUGGGAGUUCCCUGCGGCACCAUGGCAACGAUUACAUGCCGAUUUUGCACAAUUGAAUGGAAAGUACUAUAUUGUGGUAGUCGAUGCCAACUCAAAAUGGUUAGACGCAACACUGUUACGUAGUACUUCAGCUAGUGACACUAUUCAAUAUUUUCGUAAUUUAUUUUCAAUAUUUGGUUUGCCUUUACAAUUGGUGACGGAUAAUGGUCCCCCAUUUCAGAGUCACGAAUUUAAUGAUUUUUGUAGAAAAAACACAAUUAGACAUUCUACUUCAUCACCAUAUAGACCACAAGGUAAUGGAGCCGCAGAAAACUCUGUAAAAACAAUAAAAAAAGCCUUAAAGAAAGCUAUUUAUGAAGGAAAAGAUUUGGCCCUAGCAUUGAGUCGAUUCCUCUUUCAAUAUAGAAACUGUGAGCAUGCUACGACUGGUGUGGCACCAGCAGUCGCUUUACUGGGACGGCGAUUACGUACUAGAUUAGAUGUGGUGCGACCUAAUACUAGUGAUAUCGUUAGACAGGCGCAAGAUAAACAAAUAUUGAAUGCUGGCGGGGUAGACAGAACUUUUGAAGUGGGGGAUAGUGUGUUAGCAAGAGACUAUUCGUCGCAGGGGGACAAAUGGACCGAAGGCCGGAUAACGUCUAAAACAGGGCCAGUCUCGUAUACGGUUCAGUUAAAUACUGGAAACUCUUGUCGUAGACAUUCAGACCAAUUAUGGCCUCUAACACGUAAUAGGUUCUCAAUGUCAGGUUCAAAUAGCAACGAAAUAUCAGAUAGUACUAAUAAUCAGUCAUUUGAUAAUGAUAUUCAACAAACACAACAGAAAAGAAAUAGCUCGCACAGUCCGAUAAUAGGUGAAAAUGAGAAACGGGAAGAAAAAGGGAAUAUAUCAACCAAUGUAAAGAGUUUAGAGUUUGAGCAACAGCCACCAUUAGAUCAGGGUAGUGAUCGGGCUAGGCGCGCGCAUGAAAGAGAAUUACGCAAACAGGGGAUGGAGAUAUGA